GUUCGGAUCCAACAAAAGCCACCACCUUCAAGCAGUCGAGUAAAUCCCCAAAACCCAGUUCGCAAGAAAGCAAUAACUCUCUCCUGUUGUCAGGGUCAUCACAGAACCAAACUCAAUCGACCCAGUCUUCACUGUGAAAACCAUGGUGCCGUUGCCGGAACAAUCAGUACUGGCGGUGAUAAGGGCAUCACGACCCAGCUUCAGAAACGCCCAUGACAAAGUAACCUUCGUUGUCCACGCCUCCUUCCUCGCCACCGGCUACGUUCUGAACGCCACAGGUCCUACUGCCUUCAAUGAUGACGCCCUCACCUCCACCUCUAGCGAUGAGGUGGGUAUCGAGCAAUGGAACGAAUUUGAGGACAGCUAUGCUUUCGUUUAUUCAAAACCCGAAAAGGGUUCGAAAGUGUUGGUGAAGUGUCUCGCUAUGAACGAUAAAUUGCUCGUCGAUGCUUUGAGUGAAGGGAGUUCUGACCCAGUUCAUCUUGAAAUCAAUGUGGGGAACUAUGAUGGAGGAAAUGGAGGAACCAAUUAUAGUUUGCAGUUCAAGGAUUUGGGGAAGCUGGUGAGUAUCGUUGAUAAAGAGAUUGUAAAAAAAUUAGGUGGUUCUUCAACAGCAAGUUCAUCAACUAAAUCUUCAAGCAGUUUAACAAGAGAACAGAGGGAUAAUGCAAACCAGCCCAGUGUGGGAGACGCUGAACCUCAGGGCCCUCAACCUUUUCAUCCUUUAGGGGUAGUUUUUCCUCCAGUUUAUCCAAUUGUUGGUGGCAGUGAUCUCUUUCCUGGGCCUGGUGCUGGAAUGUACCCUACUAGGGGUGAUUUUGGCGGCAUGCUUGUAGGACCCAAUGAUCCUCGUUUUUUCGGUGGGAUAGGUGGAGAGCCUGGUUUCCUAGGUGGACGACCGGGUGUUCCUCCGGGUGCUCGAUUUGAUCCCUAUGGCCCAUCUGGUGUUCCUGGUUUCGAUCCUAAUCCGAGGAUCCCACGGAGACCUGGUGGUGGGACUCAUCCAGAUUUGGAGCACUUUAGGGAUGGCAAUGACUUCAUAUAGACAUGCUGGGACGUAACCUUGUGAAGUUGAUUCUACAGAGUGUGGUCAUGUGUGGAUACUUGUCUGUUGUUUAUGUGGCUUUAUUUACUGUUUUCGGUUGGUUACACUGAGGCACACUAGGUUUCGAAGGUGUUCUGUAUAUUAUUGAAAAUUUUGGCACACAGUAUUUGUAGUUAAACUGGACAGGUUUAAUCCUGCGUCUUUUUGAUGGUUUUCUUGAUUUGUUGAAGAGACAUACAGAGCAAGAGUGUGCGGUUGAAAAUUAUGUCUUAAUUAGCAGAACAUAAAAUUAAAUA